AUAUACAAAGAACAGACUCUACUUGACCAAAUGUUUUGCUUGUUUUUGCUCCUACACAUACUCUACCAUAAAAUCAUUAAUUUACUGCUUCAUUGUCUAUUUUUAUCUUCACAUCUGCUGCUUAAGUUAUCUCUAUGUACACUUGGUACAUAGACUUGUUACAUUUCAGCAUUUCCCAAAAAAGAAGAGAGAAGAAAACUAGUACUUUUUAGACCUUCGAGUCUUCAACUUUCAGUGUAACCAUUUUGCAUAUGCAAAAGGUGGCCAGUCCAAUCUGUAUAACACAACACACAUUUUUCGUAUGCGAAAGAAACAAUUGAUGGGAUCUUCCACAUGUCCAAAAAUGGCAGCAAUCCAAUACUGGCCACAUAAGAAAUGGUCAGCACAAUUCCUACGGUUGAGGCUAACAAAGACCUCAUCUUUCCUCUUGUCCCAAAACUGUUCCUUUUUAGACUCAUGUCUGAGACUAUUUAUGGUGAUAGAGAACAAACAAAACACAAGUUCAUAAGUUUUGAGAGGCAAAAAACGGGACGUAAGAAGCCGCCUAAUUCAAUUGGAUUGGAUUAGGCGCUUCUUCGUCUCGCAUUCUGUCCCCUCUCGUCUGUAAUACCACUAGUUUCAAACAAGUAAACCCACAGGAACCAAAAACAACAACAUACAAUCAAAUCCAGAAAAGCAAAAAGAAGCAUGGAUGGAUUGGUAGGCCUCUUGAAGGUGCGGGUGGUGCGUGGAUACAACCUUGCAUACCGCGACGCAAGAGGCAGUGAUCCUUAUGUUGUCCUUCGCCUCGGCAAGCAGAAGCUGAAGACAAGUGUUAAGAAGAGAUCUGUGAACCCUAUUUGGCAUGAAGAGCUAACCUUGUCAAUCACAAAUCCGAAUGUACCAAUCAAGCUUGAGGUGUUUGACAAGGACACUUUCAGCAGAGAUGACCCAAUGGGAGAUGCGGAGAUCGAGGUAGAACCCUUGAUGGAAGUUCUGAACAUGGACCCCGAGAACAUGCGCAACGGCACCGUCAUCCGGUCCAUCCGGCCUAGCAACCGGAACUGCCUCGCCGACGAGAGCCAGCUGUGUUGGAAGAAUGGGAGGUUCAUCCAGGACGUGAUCCUGCGGCUCAAGAACGUCGAGAGCGGCGAGAUCCAGCUCCAGCUGCAAUGGGUGCAGAUCCCCGGCAGCAAGAAGUGAUUCACCGUCGAUCCCUUCGGAGACCUUAUGCUUGAAUGCUCAGAUGAUGUCAUCGCCGUGGAACGGAUUGUUGUUUUGAUCGCGCUAUUCGCCCCGUUGUAUAUGUCUGAGGAUCGUAAUUAACCCGGCACAGGGAUCAUGUCUUCUUAGCAAAAUUUUCUCUGAAGGAAGGAAAAACAAAGGAAGUGUUAAAAA